GAAACAAAGUGACAACCAGCAUGUCAGUUGUCAGUGUCACUUUCACAGCUGAACUCUGCUAAGGUUCGUUAUUGUUUUUAGAUUGUACUGGAACUACUCCUGGUGGUUCUGGUCCUAAUGGUUCUGGUGGUUUUGGUCUUGGUGUUGGGGCCUCAGUUAUAUGGAGCAUAGUCAGAGGCUGGAGGAGCAGCUCAGAUGUCCCGUCUGUCUAGAUGUCUUUACUGAACCCCUGAUGUUACAGUGUGGACACUCCUACUGCAGGUGCUGUGUGCGGUCCAUGACAAUGGACGUGCUUGGUCAGCUGCAAUGUCCUGUGUGUCGCUGUUGUGUAGAUGGAGACAGUCCUCCUCCCAACCUCAGUUUAGCCCGAAUAAUCGAAGUGCUGCAGGAAGUGAGUGUGUCAGGUGGAGAUCAGCAAGAUCUUUGUCCUCAGCAUGACAACCCUCUGAGCCUUUACUGUGAGGCUGAGCAGGUCUUGAUCUGUGGCCUUUGUGGAAGCAUCGGUGCUCACCGUGGACACAAAAUCACACCUGUGAGCUCUGUGUACAGCCGCAUGAAGGAAGAUAUUUCUUGUCUGAUGACAGAAUUCCAGCAUCAAAGGCAUAAGCUGGAGGAUCAGAUAUGUAAAAUGGCAAACAACAAAUCAAGGAUCAUUAACGAGUCAGACGUAAUGAAAUGGGUGAUUAGGAAGGAGUUUGGUGAACUUCGGCGCUAUCUGGAGGAGGAAGAGGUGGGGUUUGUGGAGCAAGUGGAAACGUCAGCCACUGCCCUCAUUGCAUCCCUGCAGAAUCAGACAGAGCAGUUAAACCAGAACCUGCACCGGCUAGAGAAAGCCCAGAAUACCCUGCAGGACCUGAGUGACGAGGGGCACCUGGGCUUCAUCACGAAGUAUGCCGCAAUUGCUCCGAGGUUCAGAGAGAGUCAUGAGCUUCAGCAGAAGGGCGAGAGAAUCUUUAGCACACUGAACUUCAAACCAGGUUUCAACCACAACGACAUCAAACUCACUGUCUGGAAGAAACUACACCGAAAAGUCCUGCCAGCACCAGAGCUGUUGAAACUGGACCCUCAGACUGCUCACCCGAUGCUGGAGCUCCAUCGUGGAGACACCAUGGUGGUCUGCGGGGCUCUGCUUCAAAAGCUGCCUGAUAAUCCAGAGAGGUUCACCUAUAACUACUGUGUCCUGGCCAACCGAGGUUUCUCCUCUGGGAAACACUACUGGGAGGUGGAGGUGGGCAACAAAGUCAAAUGGCGUCUUGGUUUGAUCAAAGGAACAACCAAUCGUAAGGCCAAACUGGUGAAGAGUCCAGAGAAUGGUGUAUGGUUGAUCGGGCUGAAGGAUGGUGUUUAUGAAGCCUUUACUUCACCCAGGGUGGUUUUGCCAGUGUCUACACCCCCUCACCGGGUGGGACUGUUUCUGGACUAUGAGGGCGGGGGUCUUACAAUCUAUAACAGUGACAGUCCAGAUGAGCUGCACUUCAUCUACAGCUUCAGGCUGCAGGUCCAGGGGAAAGUCUACCCCCUGCUGGACGUCUGCUGGCAUGACAGAGGAGGCAACAAACAGCCCCUGGUCCUCACUUAGCCUCAGCAGGAGCACAAUGAAGCUCACUAAAUUGGGAUUAUGAUUUAAUUGAUAGGGAAUUACUGUCCACCGACAGGAAAAAUGAAUUUUGAUCAUGACAUGGAUUUUAUUUUCUUUGCUGGAAAACUCCGGUAUUUUAAAUGUAUACUUUAAAAGAGAAUUGUAGGACCAACAUUAAUAAAAUUAAGACAUUUGCUCCUGUGAAUUUGUUAAUCUUGUCUAUACUAAGUGGGAUUUGACUGUAUUCAAAUCAAAACUUAAAUCGGUUUUUGUAAUGCUUAUUUUCAUUGCAUAUGCUGUAUAACAUGUUGUACAAUCUGAGUCAGUCAGAUUGUACAACAUAUUUUUAAAGCCAAUUAAUGAAAGACAAAAGAAAAGACAAGGUUUAACCCUUAUCUUAGAAGCUCGUUCAAUCGAGUGUGGCUCAUCCUGCACCUAAACUGAGAGGCAGUUCCAGAGGAGGCAGGAGAAUGUGUCCAGCUGCUGCUGCUGACCUUCAACAGGUGCUCCGUGGGGAGCAUCCUCUGCCAUGACAUCCUGGUGUGGUUCACAGGCCGCACUGAGGCAGAAUAGAAAGCACUACACACAGUCAUCAGAACAGCACAGAAAAUCAUCAGUACACAGUUACCAUCUCUCACUGCCAUACACAACACCUGAUGCCUGCGCCAGGCCAUAAACAUUACUUUGGACACUUUCCACUCAGGUAACCACUUGUUUGUUCUGCUGCCCUCAGGGAGGCGCUACAGGUCCAUCAAGACCCACACCUCCAGACUGUAAAAGAGAUGCACUCAAAAUUUCGUUGUACAUAUGUCCAAUGACAAUAAAGGCAUUUGAGUUGA